AAAUCCCAUUCUCUAGUUCACAUUCUACUUUAUCCCUCAAACACCACUGCCCAAUGAAAACCACCUUUUUUCUCCUCUUACUCCUGUCUUUCUCCUCCAUUUUCCCUCCCAAACAAUGCUUAAGCCAAAAACAAUCACCCAUUAAAACCAUAGUAGUCCUAGUCCUAGAAAACAGGUCAUUUGAUCACUUAAUCGGAUGGAUGAAAAAGUCCAUCAACCCAAAGAUCAAUGGUGUGGAUGGGACCGAGUGCAACCCGGUCUCAACCAAAGACCCGAGAUCGAAAUCCGUCUGCGUCAGCAACGACGCCGAGUACGUAGACCCAGAUCCAGGGCAUUCCUUUGAAGAUGUUGCGAAACAAGUGUUUGGAGAAAACAACAACAUAUCCAUUCCUUCAAUGAAAGGGUUUAUAGAACAAGCACUUUCAAUGUCAGAGAAUGUUUCAGCAGCAGUUAUGAAAGGAUUUAAGCCAGAAAAUGUGCCUGUUUUUGAAGCUUUAGUUAGAGAAUUUGCUGUUUUUGAUAGAUGGUUCUCUUCAAUUCCUGGACCAACCCAACCAAAUAGGUUGUUUGUUUAUUCAGGAACUUCACAUGGUGCUGUUAGUCAUGUGAAGAAACAGUUGGCUCUUGGAUACCCACAAAAGACUAUCUUUGAUUCAUUGCAUGAAAACAAAUUGGAUUUUGGGAUUUAUUAUCAGUCUAUUCCAAGCACUUUGUUUUAUAGAAAUUUGAGGAAGUUGAAGUAUGUUUUUAAGUUUCAUCUCUAUGAUACUUUCAAGAAGCAUGCCAAAGCUGGUAAACUCCCCAGCUUAACUGUCAUUGAACCCAGAUAUUUUGAUAUAAAAGGAUCGCCAGCAAACGACGACCAUCCAUCACAUGAUGUGGCAAAUGGACAAAAACUAGUGAAAGAAGUGUAUGAAACAUUGAGGGGAAGUCGACAAUGGAAUGAGAGUCUUUUAGUGAUAACAUAUGAUGAGCAUGGUGGAUUUUAUGAUCAUGUCCAAACACCUUAUGUCAAUGUUCCUAGCCCAGAUGGCAACACUGGUCCUCCACCUAAUUUCUUCAAGUUUGAUAGACUUGGUGUACGUGUGCCUACUAUUAUGGUCUCACCUUGGAUCAAAAAAGGAACCGUAAUGAGUAAGGCAAAAGGACCCACACCAGAUUCAGAGUUUGAGCAUUCUUCAAUCCCAGCUACUAUUAAGAAAAUUUUCAACCUUAAAUCCAAUUUCUUGACCCAUAGAGAUGCCUGGGCGGGUAUUUUUGAGGAUGUUGUGACACAAUUAACCUCUCCCAGAACUGAUUGUCCAGAGGUUCUACCUGAAGUAACUCCACUGAGAAAGACAGAAGCAGAUGAAGAGAGGCAAUUAUCCCAAUUCCAGACUGAAGUAGUUCAGUUAGCAGCUGUUCUAAAUGGUGACCAUUUCUUGAGUAGUUUCCCUAAUGAAAUGGCAAACAAAAUGAAUGUAAGAGAAGCUCAUGAGUAUGUAACCGGUGCCGUGUCAAGGUUUCUUAGAGCCGGGAAAGAAGCUGUUAUGCUCGGAGCAGACGAGUCCACCAUUGUAAAUAUGAAGUCUUCCCUCACUACAAGAUCCUCCACCCACCAUUAAGAAUUAAGAAACUUUCCAAGUCAGUGUAAGAGUACCCAACAUACUAAACACUAGUCCAUAUGGUUAGUAGUACCAAAUACCAAUACAGUCCUGGGCAAAAAAUGCUUAGGGUGUAGGAGACUUAGUAGUUUCUAGCUGCUUGUGUAAUUAGUGUGAGUACUUAUAGAGUUAAAGUAGUCCAAAAGCAUCCUUGUCACCACCCUAUACGCUUACGUUCAUCUUUUUCUUUUUUUAUGGUAAGCUUGCGUUAAACAUAAUAUCAUGAAAUAGUAUUUUUACUCUUUUUCUUCUUC